AAACGGAUAUGACUAAUUAAAAAACACUAGGCCAGAAACGAAAGUAGAUAACCCAAAGAAAACAAAACAGACAACACAAUCCUUCAACCUUAGCAAGAACCACUUCAAUGGCUUCCAUGAAGCCAUUUUCACCACUUUCUUCACCAUUAAACCACACAAUUUCUUCACUAAAACCAUCAUUUUUCUUCAAACCCGUCUCCGAUAUCUCGUUUUCUUCACAAUUCGGUCGAGAAAGAGGCCAUGUUGCAGUCUCGGUAGCAUUCAAUCCAAGUGGGAACUUUGACCUCUCUUUAUAUGAUGAACAAGAAAAUGUAGAACCAGCCCCUCCACCAAUGCCUCCAAAAGAAGGUAGAUAUGAAGUAAUAAUCAACAAUGAGACAAUUCGCUGCCUAAAUUUAUCACCAUUUUCUGAUGCCACUGGGAUUACAACAACUUCAUCCGUUGAUCCAAGGGAAUUUCUCGAACGCACGAUAGGAUUCACGAUUAACUAUAAUCGAAACGAUGAACAUGAUAUUCGAGAACUAUCCGAAUUCCCGGAUAUAAGGUUAUGGUUUGUUAGACUUGAUGCUACAUAUCCAUGGCUUCCAGUCCUACUAGACUGGCGAGCCGGAGAACUUGCGCGCUACGCAGCCAUGUUAGUACCUCACCAGAUGAGUAUGAGAAUGGGAGUGGUGUUCAAUCCUGAGGCAUUAGAAUUGUUCAUAAUGAAGAAAGUGUUUAUAACAUACUCUUGGUUGAAAGAAAAUGACAUCCCAAAGCCUAGAUUGAAGGUUAAAGACAUGGCAAGGAUGCUUGGGUUUGGGAUCGGAGACGAGCUGUUUGAUAUGAUCGAUCGAUUUCCAGAUUCGUGUCCAUAAGUUCGGAUUGACAUACACUUUCAUCUCCAAACUCGAACUUCAACAUGAUUUAUCGAUGACUUGUUUUAUCUUUGAUAGGAUACUUAAUUAAUUUAUUUUAUAAUUAAGUAAAUGAUACCCAAAACCGCAAA